UUAUUCGGGUUUCUUCAGGUCUCAAGAGUUCAGCGCGAAGGAUUCGAAUACAAGUGUGCAGAUCUCCGCAACACCGCCAACAUGGCAGACCGCAAAAAAGCCGGGAAAAAGACCGGCAAGGAUCUGGACGCGCUGAAACGCGAGCUCGAGAUCGAUGUGCACAAAGUGCCCAUUGAAGAGCUCUAUCGUCGCUUCCAAGUGGACCCCGACAAGGGACUCAGCGACAAAGAGGCCAAGAUGCGUCUGGAGAGAGACGGGCCCAACGCUCUGACCCCGCCGCCAACGACCCCGGAAUGGGUCAAGUUUUGCAAGAACCUGUUUGGUGGGUUCGCUCUACUGCUGUGGAUCGGCGCCAUCUUGUGCUUCGUAGCCUAUUCCAUCCAGGCCAGCACUUUCGAGGAGCCCCCAGACGAUAACUUGUACCUGGGAUGCGUGCUCGCUGCUGUCGUCAUCGUCACCGGCAUUUUCUCCUACUACCAAGAGGCAAAAAGCUCCAAAAUCAUGGACUCAUUCAAGAACAUGGUCCCACAGUAUGCUCUGGUGCACCGCGACGGGCAAAAGCUGACAGUGCGGGCAGAGGAACUCGUGGUGGGCGAUGUCGUGGAUGUCAAGUUCGGGGAUCGGAUCCCCGCGGAUCUCCGCGUCAUCGAGGCCCGGGCCUUCAAAGUGGACAACUCCUCGCUGACGGGCGAGUCCGAGCCCCAGUCCCGGUCCUGCGACUUCACACACGAGAACCCACUCGAGACCCGCAACCUGGCCUUCUUCUCCACCAACGCCGUCGAAGGGACAUGCAAGGGCCUCGUGGUGCAAAUCGGCGACGGCACGGUCAUGGGCAGAAUCGCGGGUCUGGCCUCUGGCCUUGAAACCGGACAGACGCCGAUUGCCAAAGAAAUCGAGCAUUUCAUCCACAUCAUCACCGGAGUCGCCGUCUUCCUCGGCGUCACUUUCUUCAUCAUCGCUUUCAUCCUGGGCUACCAUUGGCUGGACGCCGUCAUUUUCCUCAUCGGCAUCAUCGUGGCCAACGUGCCCGAGGGUCUCUUGGCAACAGUCACUGUGUGUCUGACACUCACAGCCAAACGAAUGGCGUCCAAGAACUGCCUGGUGAAGAACCUGGAGGCCGUGGAGACCCUGGGUUCCACGUCCACCAUUUGCUCUGACAAGACCGGAACCCUGACCCAGAACCGCAUGACCGUGGCCCACGCCUGGUUCGACGACAAAAUUGUGCCCGUCGACACCAUCGGCGACUCUUCCGGCUCAAACUUCGACAAGAACAGCAUGGGCUGGCGGUGCUUGGCUCGAGUGGCGGCUCUCUGCAACCGAGCCGAGUUCAAGGCCAACCAGGACGGCAAACCCAUUUUGCAAAGAGAAGUCGCAGGAGAUGCUUCCGAAGCAGCUCUCCUGAAAUGCGUGGAAGCAGAAAUGGGCGACGUGGCAAAAUAUCGCCAACGCCACAAGAAGGUGAGCAUCCACGAGACAGAAGAUCCGAGCGACAAAUCGUACCUCCUCGUCAUGAAAGGAGCACCUGAAAGGAUCCUCGAAAAGUCCAGCACGAUCCUCGUCAACGGCAAAGAACUGGCUCUGGACGAACGCAUGAAGGAUUCUUUCCAGAGGGCCUACAUGGAACUCGGUAGUCUCGGAGAACGCGUUCUCGGAUUCUGCGACCUGAAGCUACCCGCAGACAAGUACCCCCUCAACUACCCCUUCGACCCCGAGAAGAACAACUUCCCCCUGGAGGGCCUUCGCUUCGUCGGCCUCAUGUCCAUGAUUGACCCGCCACGACCCAACGUGCCGGAAGCAGUGGCCAAGUGCCGAUCGGCCGGAAUCAAGGUCAUCAUGGUCACCGGGGAUCACCCCAUCACUGCCAAAGCCAUCGCCAAAUCUGUCGGCAUCAUCUCCGAAGGAAGUGAAACUAAGGAAGACAUUGCCGAGCGACUCAACAUUCCAGUGCACCAAGUGAACCCCAGCGAUCCCGAAGCCUGCGUCGUCCACGGCCAGGAACUUCGAGACAUGAACUCAGACGAGCUCGACGAUCUUCUCCGAAAUCACCCGGAAAUCGUGUUUGCUCGUACGUCUCCUCAACAGAAACUCAUCAUCGUCGAGGGUUGCCAGCGUCUCGGCGCCAUCGUGGCCGUCACCGGCGACGGCGUCAACGACUCGCCUGCCCUCAAGCGGGCCGACAUCGGCGUCGCUAUGGGCAUUGCUGGCUCCGACGUGUCCAAACAGGCGGCAGACAUGAUCCUGCUUGACGACAACUUUGCGUCCAUCGUGACGGGCGUGGAGGAAGGCCGUCUCAUUUUCGACAACUUGAAAAAGUCCAUCGCCUACACGCUCACGUCCAACAUCCCCGAGAUCUCGCCGUUCCUGCUUUUCAUCCUGGCCGACGUCCCGCUGCCCCUGGGCACCGUCACCAUUCUCUGCAUCGAUCUGGGGACGGACAUGGUCCCGGCCAUCUCGUUGGCCUACGAAGAGGCAGAGGCCGACAUCAUGAAGCGCCAGCCCAGGAAUCCCUUCACCGACAAACUCGUUAACGAGCGGUUGAUCUCGAUGGCCUACGGGCAGAUCGGCAUGAUCCAAGCAGCAGCCGGGUUCUUCGUCUACUUCGUCAUCAUGGCGGAGAAUGGCUUUAGGCCCAUGACGCUUCUUGGCCUGCGCAAACAGUGGGACUCCAAGGCCGUCAACGACGUCAAGGACUCGUACGGCCAAGAGUGGACGUACCACAAUCGCAAGGUGCUCGAGUUUACCUGCCACACGGCCUUCUUCGUGUCCAUCGUCAUUGUGCAGUGGGCCGACUUGAUCAUUUGCAAAACUCGGCGUAAUUCCCUCGUCCACCAGGGAAUGACGAACUGGGUCCUCAACUUCGGCUUGUGCUUCGAAACCGGGCUCGCAGCACUGCUGUCUUACUCGCCAGGCAUGGACAAGGGGCUCCGCAUGUACCCACUCAAGAUCAACUGGUGGAUCCCAGCCAUGCCGUUCUCGCUCAUCAUCUUCGUGUACGACGAAUUGCGACGUUACAUCAUCCGCAGGAAGCCCGGCGGCUGGGUCGAAUUGGAGACCUACUACUGAUCCCCCUCAUCGUCGCGAGAUAAUGCUCUCUUUACGUCAGCCUUACUCGACGCCAAACGACCGCAUUUAGAAAAGGAGGAGGAGGAAAUAGAUCGAUUCGGCGCCGCGGAAGUCGAGUACUGUACAAUCCGCCGAACAGGAAACAAUCAUGAUCCUCCUCAUCAUCAUUCCGCGCGACACAUUCGGGGAAAGUGUUUGUCGCCUCGCUGCCCCGUUCGAAACAAGCGCGAAGACGGUUUACGGUUUGUUUUCACGAUUUUUUUGGUGCCAUCUCGAGGUGCUACAGCCUGAAAGGCGAGCAUAAAUACACACGCACCGUGUUGCAAAAAACAAAACAAAAAA